AUGCCUGCAACCUUUCACGGGUUCCCACGCCUCCCAAUUGAGGUUCAGCUCCAGAAAUGGAAGGAAGCAUGCAUUCUUUCUGUUAUCCCCGGCUAUGAUUCUUACAAGCAGGCUGGGUUGUACUUCGUCAACGUUGACACAGUCAAGUCCGGGGGCGAAGAUCGACUUGCUCUACGAGCCCUCGGCCAUUACCAAGGUCUUAACGGCGAUGAGAAAGCCCCCAAUAGCAAUCGCUCAGCCUACAUGUGGGACGGCGGCCUCUGGGGGGCUUUCAAACUGUCUCGCGAAGUCAUUACAGAAAAGAUAUAUUCCAUGUGGCUUCGGCUUCCCGAUUAUCAUCAGGACUAUCUCGGCCGUCCGGUCACUCUCACCAGUCGAAACGCAGAUGAAAGACUGGGCUACCUGGUUUUCCCUCAGCGAGACAUGUUUUUCUUCCGAACAACAAACUGGAAGUCCUUGCCUCAGCACUUUGAGGACUGCAAGGCCAGCAUCCCAUUCUUCGAUCCCCUCUCCUCUUCAAUGGUUUCGGUGUCCACACUCGCUACUGAGGUUGAUUCUAGCUGGAUCGUCGACCUUAAAACUCAAAGCCGAGAACUCAGCUCGCAGUCUGGUGGCCACUCAGAUGGAGGGCGUAGCCUCCGGAUGGGUCAAAACACCCAGGCUCUGUCUGAUAGAUAA